GGUACCUGCUGCUCUGCUGCUGUGCUGCUGUGCUGCUGUGCCGCUGCUCUGCUGCCGUGAUGCUUCUGGCUCGUAUGCAAAAGACAUGCCUCCGCUCGCACUGCAUCGCGGCACGAGACCAUGCCGAUCCGAGCGCCGUCUGACUUCCUCCGGCGGCGGACAAAACCUCGGCGAUCUGUGCGCUAUUUGACUCCGGGUCCCGGAGAGUUCGUUGCGGCCGGCGUGGACGCAGGCGUGCGCAGGCCGGUGAUCCAUGCGCCGGACACGGGUCCGAUUGAUGGAGACGCCGUCCCACCGCGAGGAUGGGCUGCAUUGUUGAGCCUUGGGCGCGUGACCACAGUGUAACUGGUUGACUUAUGCAGGUACCCUGGAUGCCGUUUUCAAGGGGGAGCAAAUGGUCCUGGUGGCUUGAGCUUAAGUUGACUGGGUGGGUUGGGGCUUUGGAAGAUAAGGGGAUAUCCAUCCAUGGUUUGCUGUGUGGUUGAACGCCACCACACGAAUGCCACACGAAUGCCACACGAGACGAGCAACGGCGAGCUCAUCCCCGCAACCAACAAUCAGUUGAGGAAAUCAAACGAAUAGUAAAUUUGCC